GAUUAGACUCGCAUUUCUGUUUGUUGUUGAUAAAGUUGUGCAAAGAACGUAAUUUCAGUGUUCUGACAAACAACCAACAAAUAUCAAAGUGGUUAAUCAAUCAAUCAAAGUGUGUGUUUUGUUUUAUGAUUCAUCAUCAUCAUGUCGAUGGAAAAACAUUUGUUCAAUUUGAAAUUCGCGGCCAAAGAAUUGGAACGAAAUUCGAAAAAAUGCCUGAAAGAUGAAUCGGUUGAGAAAUUGAAAUGCAAAAAAGCCAUCCAGAAAGGUAAUAUGGAGGGUGCUCGCAUACAUGCCGAGAAUGCUAUCCGUCAGAAGAACCAAUCGUUAAACUAUUUACGAAUGUCAGCUCGAAUCGAUGCUGUCGCAUCACGAGUGCAAACGGCUGUCACCACUAAACGUGUUACACAAUCGAUCGCAGGCGUAACUAAGGCCAUGGAUUCGGCUAUGCGUUCGAUGAAUCUUGAAAAAAUAAGCCAAAUCAUGGACCAAUUCGAAAAACAAUUCGAAGAUCUCGAUGUGCAAACAACCACUAUGGAAAAUUCCAUUAGCAGUUCGACAACGAUAACCACACCGGAAAAUCAAGUGGAUUCAUUGAUGCACCAAGUAGCGGAUGAAGCCGGCCUCGAAUUGAACAUGGAAUUGCCAUCGGCCAAUCAAUCAACCGUUGGCAGCAAGUCCACUGCAGUUGCAUCAUCCGAUCAGGAUGAACUUUCCAAACGAUUGGCUCAAUUACGACAAAUGUGACACUUUUUUCCAAACUAUGAUAUCUUUCCUUGUUGACAUUUUUAUUUUCUAAUAAAAUUAGCAAUUUUCAGACAUUUAAA